CAGCUGGGGCUUUGAUGCCUUCCUCACUAUUGCUUCCCACUCAGAAGAUUUCUAUUCAUUCCGAGUUGGUAUCCAGCCCAAAGCCCCAGCUUCCCCUGAGACCCUCAGCGUGUCUACAGGACUCCAGUUUAGUAUUCACUGGAAGAGCUGCACUCCUAUGCUAGACCUACAGGCUGCUGGUUGAAGCCAUAAGGGAACGGGAGGAAGAAUUAGCCUGUGUGUUUAUGUGGCUGUGCUCCAGUAAAUAUUUUGAUGCAUCUGCUGCCAGCUCUGGUCUGAGGGAAUCUACCUAGCAUUUAAAUUUUGAUGGGGAGCUGUUUUGAAUAAUAACAGUGCAGCUGGCUGUGAGUCAGUGCAUGUGUGUUGACUUAAAAAAAACCCUCAAAGCUUAACGCUUGCUGAAUGCCGAGCUGCAGUGCUUUGCUUUUUCCCUCCUCCUUCCUUCUUUUCUUUCUUGUCUGGUCUUUCUCUGUUUUGUUUUGUUCUUGGGGGCAUUUCACAUAGAUUUUGUUCACUGUCAGUGGAGGGGUGGGGUAAUAGGAAUAAAAAAAAAAUCCUAGCCAAAAUAAAUUCUCAAAAACUCACGAGUAGCUUUUGCAAUGGGUGCUGUCAUGGGUACAUUCUCUUCUCUACAAACGAAACAAAGAAGACCAUCAAAAGGUCCCGUGGAAGCCGGAGGAGUUUGGUGUGCAGCUGCUUUUCCAAAGUGUCUGGCAAGUGCUUCUAGAGGAUAAAAUUGAAGAUGAAUUAGAAAUGACGACAGUGUGCCAUAGACCCGAGGGACUGGAACAGCUUGAAGCACAAACCAAUUUCACUAAAAGAGAACUUCAGGUUCUUUACAGAGGAUUUAAAAAUGAAUGUCCCAGUGGGGUUGUUAAUGAAGAAACAUUUAAACAGAUCUAUGCACAGUUUUUUCCUCAUGGAGAUGCCAGCAUGUAUGCACAUUACCUCUUCAAUGCCUUCGACACUGCACAGAAUGGCUCUGUGAAGUUUGAGGAUUUUGUGAUGGCACUGUCCAUUCUGCUACGGGGAACUGUUCAUGAAAAGCUGAGAUGGACAUUUAAUCUGUAUGACAUAAAUAAGGAUGGCUAUAUAAACAAGGAGGAAAUGAUGGAUAUCGUAAAGGCGAUUUAUGAUAUGAUGGGAAAAUACACGUAUCCAGUGCUCAAGGAAGAUGCACCAAGGCAGCAUGUAGAAGUGUUUUUCCAGACCCUAGCAGCCACUCAGCCUAGCACUGCAAUGCCUGCUGAUUUCCUGGCUCCAAAGAAAAUGGAUAAAAACAAAGAUGGAGUUGUAACUCUAGAUGAGUUUAUUGAAUCAUGUCAGGAGGACGACAAUAUCAUGCGAUCCUUACAGCUCUUUGAGAAUGUCAUGUAACCACAAGAGCACUGGAGGAGUCUGAGACUUCUGUGUAACAAAGAUCUUCUUUCUGGGUGAAAGAUUUUACAAUUGAGCCAUGUCCAGUGUGUGAGGAUUUUGUAUGAUAUGUCCAACCAAAUGGCAACUGAAUGCAGCCGAUGCCACCACUUCUCCCCGGAAGAUGCUGGUGGACUCUUCUUUCAUUCUGGAAGCAUGUGAAUAUUUUAAUAAAUCCCGACAAGAGAGAACAGCUGCUUGAAGUUCAAUGAGUAAUACAGAGCAUUGUUUGCUAGGCACAAAUCCUGCUUUUAAUCUAGCAAGCUUAAUUCCCUAUAAUAGCACAUGUUGAUAGCUAUUCAGCCAUCAAUUGCAAGUGACAGCUCAGUCCAUACCUCUGUUUGGCAUAAUGUUCUGUGGAUGCCUUUGCUGUUAAUCUGCUUUGACAAAACCCCAAUCUGCCAGGGCAGUCUGUGAAAAAAUGAACAGUCAAUGUACCUGGGACAUUAAACAGACAGCCCAUGUAGCCAAUAUCCCCAUUCCUGCAGAGAUCCUGCUAUCCUCUCACAUGCACUGGUGCCACUAUGCUGAGGUUAGUGGAGUUCUUCCUGAACAUAUUAAUCAGGUGAUCUUCAUGCCAGGGUGAGUCAGAAAGGAGCAGAACAUGUUGCUCAUAUUAAUAUAAAAGUACAGAACAAAUCCUGUUCAGGAGUGGUAAGUUUCCAAGAGACCAGGCAGGUGUGUAAGGGCUGGUGCAGAAAGAUGAACACGUGCUCUGGUCCCAGCUGCCUGCUGAGCCCCAGGGACACCGGGUGAUGCUCCUCAGAGCAUCUCAGCAGCAGCACGGCCAUGUGCUCUGGUCCUUUUGCUGUGGUUUGGCACACCCUUCCUAGGUUCAUCACUGGAUGUUACAGUCAGGUCUUAUCCCCCCCUUAUGGAUUUAUUUAAGAUUUCUUGUUUGACUUAGUGAAGAACUAAGAUGCAGCUGUGUUCCAGCAUACAGACCUUGGUACCCACAAAGUGCCCAGCACAUUUGAUUCCUGAAUUGUUAUUAUUCUCAGAAUCAGCUCCCAGGGCCCAUAUUUUCUUCCUACAAGGCAGUAGUAUGCCUUGUAUAAGCCCCAUUUCUUUGCUAAUGCCAAGUAGAGUAUUGGUGUAGGGGUUUGGUUUUUUAAUUAAUAAAACAGAAAAGUUCAUGUAGCGAAUUUACACCAAGAUUGGAUGAUUGGUCAGCUGGGGAAUGUCAGAGUCUUCUGUGAAGAAGCCUUUCAGGAAAGCUGACCCACCAGAGUGCCAUUGUCAUCUCCAGGCAGACCGUGGCUGAGAAGCAAAGGGAAGAGGGGAACAGCCAACUCUUCCAGCUGCUCAAACCCCGCAGAUGGGACAGUCCCUGCAGUAGUGCUGCAUCAUUCCCAUCCAGUAAGCAUCUAUUUUUAUUGUAUCACACCCUGUAUUACAGACAAACUGUUAGCACUGAAGAUAUAUUUUUAAAAUUAUGUAAGUGGAAUGUUUUUAUAAUACAGAAUAUACAGAAUGCCUCAGUUCUGUAGCCCUAAUUUUAUAAAAAUUUCAUCUAUUGAAUCAUUCCUGAUUACAGAAGUAGAUCUGAUCAGUCCUAUACGUAUAGUGUAUACAUUAUACUAGUAUAAUGAUAAUGCAAUAUCCUAGUAUAAUGAUAAUGCCAAUUCCCCAAGACGAGGCAUCUUCCCCUUUUACUGUGCCCCCCCAUACACUUCUGUGUAGUCUUAACUUUAUUUCUCUAAGUUGUUCCCUUGCCACCAAAAGUGAUGUUCAAGUAAAGUUGCAUGUCUGCAAGAAUGACACCUUAGUCCAUCUUGUUUCGUACAAAUACUGCCUUUCAUACCAAUACCAUUAAUGAAUUCCUCCCAGCAGUGAUGCAGCAGCUCUGGUGAGGGGCUGGGAUUUGCAGGAGUGAUGCCCUGCUGUGGGAGUACCUUUGCUCCAGUUGUUGGGUCAUUUAGGCUUUAUUUAACAGGUACUUUGUAAAGACAUCAGUUGUAGCUGAAAUAAUACACAGUGUACACCAUUCCUUCUUGAUUCUUCUUGCAAUCACUUCAGCAAAUGACAGAAUUUAAUAUAAUUACAGGUUUUCCCUCCCACCAAAACUGCUGAAUCUAUUAUUCUAAGGAGUUCACUUCAGCAGAGGGAGAAGUGGUCAGAGCAGUGGAAAUUAAGGAUUUUAAUCUGGCUAGCACCGUGCCUUUUUCCUCUAAUAGUCUUGCUUCAAGGGUGCUUAUGAGAUGGCACAUACAGACAGAAGUGUUUGGAAUGUGCCCUUUUCAAAAGAAAAUGUUAUUAGUUGCAUGAUGCCAUAGUCCCUGAAGCUAAAUUAAUUUCUGGAGUUACUGUGAUGAAUUUGGCCUCAUCUGUGUGUCCUGGCCUGCUGGCAGCAGUUGUGUGGGGGCUGCCUUUGCCACCAGGGCUGUCACUGUUUUCUCUGGAGUGUGGCUCCAGCUCAGCAGCAAACAGCUGCUGUCACUGUCAGUGUGUGCUGGCCUGCAUUGCUGAUCAGGGUGCCAGUACUGACCCUGCACUUCUGCCAUCUCUUUGCUGCUCCACUGUGCCUGCUUUUCACUGCCAGCAACACUGAGGGUGCAUCAGGCAGAGGGUGCAUCAGGCGUGCUGACAGCCAUACUGAGUCUGCCCUUGGAGGAUAAGGAGCUUUGAUUUGGAGCCCACUGGAGUCAGUGCCCUCCCACACAGCCCUGAUGUUCCACCCUGGGUUGAGCUCUGUGCUGCACCUGAAGCCCACAGUAGCUGAGACAGGAGGACUUGCAAAGUGUCACCCACAGCUGCGUUUUCCCAAAGCUCAGAUUGCAGAAUCUAUCUGUGGCAGAGCCCUUGGCAAUGCAAACCCGAUUAUUUCCCUGUGUUUGUCCCUGAUCCCACUGUUACAGCCAGAGGCUGAGAUGCACCAGUGCAGAGAAGGCCUCUGAGCUUUCCAUCAGCAGCAUCUGUCCAUGGCAGGUGUGCUCCAGGUGGCAGGUGAGACAUCAGUGACUGUGAGAGAGCUGCUCUCUGCAUGGAAAUGGCUUCGGGUUUGUUUUUCAUGUUUUCUGUGAAUGUUACUCUACUGUAAACUUGCCAAGCCUCUGCUCUCAUAAACGAGGCUUGCAAUAUUUAUGACAAACACUACUACAGAUUUCUAAAUAAAACACACUAUGCUACUCCAGUCUCCCACCCUCAUCAAUCAUCCUGCCAGUAGACAGAAGGCAGUCAGAUUCUCUGUCAGCGCUAUUAACUGUGCACGUUUCCUGCAAGUUAUGAACGUUUAAAUAAUGUCUGAAUCAGGACUCUUGACUGUGUCACUAGUUACAAACAUUAGUCUGCAUCUUCAUGCCAGCAUUUUAUAAAGAAAGCCUUUCUAACAUGCAUUUUAGGUAACAAUCUGUUGACAAAUAGGAAUGUGAUAAAUGAUAAUGCAAAAAAAGAAAAAAAAAAGAAAAAAAAAAGUACCAUGCCUGUUCUGUGGCUGUUUGUUUUUCUGUUCCUCUGAAUGCAAUGCAAUAUUGUGAGUAACCAUGAGCCAAGCUAAAGGCUUGAGACACAAAUACCCUGAGGUUCAGGCAUCAUGGGCAGAGCCAUUUCCUGACUGCAAUAUGUGUUGAGAACAAACACCCUUGUAUCCCUGGGUCACCUCUGAUGAGAUAGUAGCAGCAGUGCGUCGAACUUUUCUUCUUCUUUAUGGAAGUGCCAUGAAAGACCUAAGGAAAUGUGCAAAUAAUGUAAAUCAUGAUAUCUAAAGCCAUGUUAAUGGAUCAGCCAUGUAUAGCUUCACUGUUACAAAUGCUAUUCUCCAAUGGCAAUUUGUAUUCAACUUUGUUGAAUGGUUUUAAAAAUGUUGGUUUUAAUAAUAAAAAUAAAUACCUGUA